GAGGAGUUUAGAUGCAUACAGAAUUCUCUGUUUCUUCCUAAGUUCCCGCCCUCUUUCUCUUUCCCUAUCCCUUCUUCCGCCUUUCCUUCCAUUGAUUGAUUACACACAAUAGAAAAUGUUCAGAGAAACCAAUCCUCACAAAGUCAAAAUAACUGGAGAAAACCCAUAAACAAAAAAAAUUCCCUGAGAGAACAGAACCUGCAGAAGGGGAAAGAAAGGGGAAAGAACAAAAAAAACCUGAAACACAAUCUGUUGGUUGUUGAAAGGUAGCUUUCAAUCUAUCGAUCGUCUUCAGAAUCUGUGUCCUAGCUUGCGCUUUCUUCAGGUUCAGCUUCUCCUUCUUCAUCCACCCAUCUCUGGAAUUCACUAUCUUCAUCUUUCUUAUUUUGGAGCCGAUUUUGUGUUCCCCUGAUAUUUGUUUCAUCUAGUUUCUCAUUCAAACAAACAAUGUUAAAAAGGGAAUUCAAUAUCUAGAACCAUAAAUGGUUAGUCGACAUGAAUUAGUGAUGGCAGUUCCAUUUCUUAAUGUUAUGAUUAGAACAGUGAUUGCCCUUGAGACGGGGAGUUCUUCUUGUAGUUUAAGGACAUAAGAGUUAAUUAUGGAAAACUAAUUCUGGCUCAUUAUAAAUCUCUAUCUUUGUCUCUUAUGUCACAUCUUCAAACCAUUGUAUUUUUUUUUUGGAACAUGAUAGAUAUUUCAAUUGUCUAGAAAAUGAUUUGCAAGCUUCCAAAUUUGAUUUUAUUUGCGUGAAUUAAAUAUGAAAUUACAUGCCGAUGGUAAGACAGCCUAGUUGAUAAAAGGGCUGGGUUUCGAGUUUGGGAUGUGACAAGGUCCCAGGUUCGAAUCCCAAUACCACCAUCUUGGUGUUCCCGGAGGCAUCCUUGGUACAGGAGACGAAGUCUCCCCGAUAAUGGUAGCACAACGCCGAGCACUGCGCCGGGACAAAGUCCUUGAUGGUUAGUAUGCAGGUACCCCUAGGUUUAGGAGGCUCCGCUGUCACUCAUGUGGCAUGUGGGUUGCUGAUGUUCCUGGAUUAUCAAAUAAAAAAAUAAAUACGAAAUUACAUAAAAGAGAAGGUAUAUUGUGUAAAUAUUGGUUUGUUUAACACAAGUACCAUAUUCCUUUUCUGAACAUGAUGUUACAUUGAACCUAACUCUCUGAUUGUAUUUAUAGUGCCUAUCUAUCAUUCCAUCAAUGAUAGUCCCUACAUCGAACUCAUUGUUUUUAACCUUUACUUUGUUUCAAUUAGUGAAUGCUAGAGAGUGAAGGCAAGCUAGAUGUGCCUCAAGGAAACGUGUAAUGACUACCAGUUCAUCAGAUUACCUAAUGAGACAAUUCAGCAGAGUCAACAGUGCCAAACAACUUCCAACUACUGACUGGGAUUUCUCUCAACCAUCUCCACUACUCGAUUCUGAUCAUGACACCGAGGAGAGGAAGCUAGUUGUGCUGAUAGAGUGGAUUACUACCAUUCUACCUGAUCUGAAACUCCCACCAAAAGCUUCAGUUGAAGAGCUGAGAGAAUGCCUUAGUGAUGGCACUGUUCUUCUGAAGAUCUUGAAGAAAGUCAGGCCAGGAUCUAUCACAGAAGAUGAUGGAAGUUUGGAGGGUCAGAAAGCAUCACCUCACCAGAAUGUUCAACGAUUUCUGGACCUCAUCAAUGAAAGGGGGAUCCCCAAGUUUGAGAUUGCAGACUUGGAGAAGGGUUCUCUUAAGAGAGUGGUGGAUUGCCUGCUAUCACUGAGAGCAAGGUACCCAACAGGAAGGAACAAUGGCUUUCCAACGAGUGGCAGAAUGACCAGAAGUGGGAGCCUAAGGGAGUUCUCUCCUUACCAGAGCCUUCAUCUUGGUCCGUUCUCAUCGUCACUCUCAUCGCCUGGAGCAGAAAGGCAAUCACUCUCCUCUGACUCCAAGUUGCAGCAGUUCUUGCGUACUAGUCCUGCCCUUUCAGAUUCAUCUGCAGCGUGGAUGCACCACGCUGGACAUCGGUUCCAUGAGGUGUUCCAAGUCAGACAAGGACGUUAUGCUGACCUAUCGCCUUCGAAGAUAUCAGAGAUGAUGAAAUCUACCAGCUUGGAUAAUGCUCCAACUCAAUCGUUGUUGAGUGUGGUGAAUGGGAUCUUGGACGAAAGCAUCGACAGAAAGAAUGGUGAAAUCCCUCAUCGGGUGGCUUGCCUGCUAAGAAAGGUUGUUCAGGAGAUUGAAAGGCGGAUAUCCACUCAAGCAGAACACCUGAGAACACAAAACAACCUGUUCAAGGCACGUGAGGAGAAGUAUCAGUCGAGGAUUAGGGUUCUUGAGACGCUUGCUUCUGGGACAGGUGAAGAUACUGGGAUUGUCAUGGAUCAGCUUCCACCCAUUAAGGGUGUCAAGUUAAAGGUAGAAGAGAAGACCAAGGUGAAUGACGAGAUAGCGAAGCUGUUGAAAGAAAAGGAACAAGCAAAUCUUGAACUUGCUAGGCUACGCGAGGAGCUCGAAAAAACGAAGACCGUAUACGAUGACAUGGUCAAAUUGUUAAAAGAAAAGGAGCAUGCAUACAACCAACCCUCAUCGUCUUCACAGCAAGAAAAUGUCAACUGUGAGACGAAGAACACUCAAGUUUCAUCUUUGCAACAAGAACUUGUAGAAGGGAAGAAAGAACUUAAUCACCUAGUUCAUUCAAUGAGAGAUGAGAACCAACAACUACAGUAUGAACAGAAGACAAAUGCUGAGAUUUUAGCCUUGCAACAAGAACUAACAGUGACAAAGAAGGAACUUAAUGAUAUGGUUGAUUCGACAAAAGAAAAGGACCAACUGAAACAUGAACAGAAGACAAACACUGAGGUCCUAGCCUUGCAGCAAGAACUAGCUGCAACAAAGAAGGAACUUAACGACGUGGUUACUUCUGUGAAGGAAAAGGACCAAAGGAAACUUGAAGUAGAAGCAACUAUGAACUCAAAUGAUGAGGUGGGCCGAGAAGCUAGUAUUGCUGAAAUAACUGGACGAGGAAUAAUUGUUGAACAAGAAGUUGAAACAAGGAGAGAUGGAAAUGGUGAUGUGGUGGCUACAUUAAUGAAGGAGAAGGAUCAAAUGAGUCAAGAAAUCACAACACUGAAGCAAGAACUCGAAAAGACAAGAAAAGGGCACGAUUAUGAUAAGGCUAGAUUGAUGAAGGAGAAAGAGCAAAUUAGUGUUCAACUCACAACUCUGCUGCAAGAACUCGAAAAAGCCAGACAAGGACAAGGUGAUGAUGUGGUGAGAUUGGCGAAGGAGAAAGACGAGAUGAGUUUCAAACUCUCAUCACUAAAGCAAGAACUUGAAACAACAAGACAAGAACAUGAUGAAUUGGGGAGAUUAAUGAAGGAGAAAGACCAAGCAGGUCAAGAUCAACUCUCAACGUUGCAGCAAGAACUUGAGACAAUCAGAGAAGCAAAUAAGAAUGCAGUGAAGUUGGAAGGAGAACUCAAUUCAAUGAGGAAAGCACGAGAUGAGAUGGCUAGCUUGGUAGAGGAGAAAGGACAAGCUAACCUGAAACUCGCUAUGUCAUUGCAAGAGCUAGAGGAAGCCAAUAAGGCACAGGAACAAAAGUACUUGGAACUGGAAGCUGAGACAAAAACUGCAGCAGCUGGUUUCGAUAGGAGGGUAAAAGAGCUUGAAACUUUCCUAGAAGAUUCAAGGAAUGAGCUGAAAGGUCUUAAAGCAACAUUGGAGUCUAGACAACAGAGUUGGAGCAAGAAAGAGACCACCUUUCUCAAAUCUGUCAACUUGCAGCUUCAUGCACUGCAUGAACUGAGAUUUUCUUCCUCAAGCAUCAAGGAAGAAGUCUUACAAGUGCAGCAAGACUAUUCUGAGAAGUUUCAUAGCCUAGGAGUGAAGUUCAAGGCAUUGGUGGAUGCAAGUGAGAACUAUUACCUGGUUCUUGCUGAAAACAGGAAGCUAUUCAAUGAGCUCCAGGAUCUAAGAGGGAACAUUAGAGUGUACUGUCGAGUAAGGCCGUUCUUGCCAGGGCAAGCUGCAAACAAGUCUGUGGUUGAGCACAUCAGUGACAAAGGAGAAUUAGUAGUAGGGAAUCCUGCUAAAACAGGAAAAGAUGGUCGCAAAAUGUUCAGGUUUAACAGAGUAUAUGGCCCACAAGCUACUCAAGCUGAGGUUUACUUGGACACACAACCCUUGGUGCAAUCUGUAUUAGAUGGCUACAAUGUCUGCAUAUUUGCCUAUGGACAGACUGGGUCUGGCAAAACAUACACAAUGCUGGGUCCAAAUGGAGCACAAGAAGAAGAAUGGGGAGUGAACUACAGAGCUCUAAAGGAUCUCUUCAACAUGUCAAAGAACAGAAGUGACUCCAUUUCUUACGAGGUUGGAGUCCAGAUGGUGGAAAUCUACAACGAGCAAGUCAGAGACUUGCUAACCAAUGACGCCCAGAAGAAGCUCGGGAUCCUAACGACACCAUCAAGCAACGGGAUCGCCGUCCCCGACGCGACGAUGCUGCCGGUCGCGUCAACUUCCGACGUGAUGGACUUGAUGCACAUUGGCUUGAGCAAUAGAACCGUCAGCGCGACGGCGAUGAACGAGAGAAGCAGCCGCUCCCACAGCGUCCUCAGCGUCCACGUCCGCGGGAAAGAUUUGCAAGCCGGGACUACUCUGUUUGGGAAUCUCCAUUUGGUUGAUUUGGCUGGAAGCGAGAGGGUUGACCGGUCAGAAGUCACCGGAGACCGGCUGAAGGAGGCUCAACAUAUUAACAAAUCGCUCUCUGCUUUGGGAGACGUCAUUUUCGCUCUUGCCCAGAAAUCUACCCAUGUUCCUUACAGGAACAGCAAGCUCACCCAGCUGCUCCAAAGCUCUCUCGGUGGACAAGCAAAGACCUUGAUGUUCAUCCAGCUGAACCCCGAUGCGACGUCAUAUUCGGAGAGCCUAAGCACCCUAAAGUUUGCAGAAAGGGUUACAGGGAUCGAGCUGGGUGCGGCGAAGAGCAAUCCGGGAAGAGACGUUAAAGAGCUAAUGGAGCAGUUGGCGUCUUUGAAAGACACGAUUGCGAACAAGGACGAAGAGAUAGAGAGGCUGCAAGUGUUCAAAGGGCACCCGAGCAGUGUGGAGAAGCCUCCGGCGAGGCUUCGCACGAGGAAGUCGGCUUCAGGGGAGAGAGGGUUAGGGCUGACGGAGACUACAACUUCAUCAGAUCACAGCGACGUUUCCGACGGUGAAGCUUCUGUUGGGACGGAGCCGGAAUCCACCGCUGACGACGCCGGGAAACCACUCGCCGACAAGCCUGGAGAAAAGCGUGGUGCUAGGAUGACGAAGGCCCGGAGCCUGCAGAAGCUGUCGGACGCUAGACCGUCGACGACGGUGACGGUGUCCAGAGACCCUCUGAAAGGAUCAACAAGUGUUAAGAAAAGUACUAUAGGCAGCGGCGCCUCCGGUGGGAGCUCUUCCUUGCAACGACCGAGCAGUGCGAGUUCCAGCAGAUCGCGGCGAGCAUAAAAAUGGAAUAAGAUAGCAACCAACCACCAACUGACCCCAUUUCCUGACCAUUUUAGGGGAUUGCAGUGUAGAGCACAUGCUUAUGGCUGGGUUGUGGCCUAUGUAAUGUGUAAAGUUUUGCUAGGCUUCCUAAUUUCUUUUGGGUUAGGGUUCUUAGCUUUGUAAUAAUUGGAUCCACAUUGGUGGGGAGUGUGAAGUUGAAGGCAACAUGAACUGGUCUCAUCUGGUCUGUAGAUUUGGCUAGAAAAAGAUGUAAAUUUUGUUUUUCCGGGAGGUGUGAAAGAUCACAUGUAAAUUUAUCAAUGUACAAAUUUCUAAGCAUGUACAUUUCAGUAACCUUACAUUAUUGUAUUCAUAAUUGUCUUUUACAAUUCGAGCCAUCAAGUUAAUUGAGUGACAUUAGGGUAAGGAGUAUCUUCGUAAAUCUCGCUACAUUCACAUAAAUUUCAAGAACCCCC